AUGGAAAACGACGGCGUCCCCAACGGACCAGCGGGGCCGGCGCCUACCCAGGCGACGCCGGUGGUGCGGGAGCAGGACCGGCUGAUGCCGAUCGCAAACGUGAUCCGCAUCAUGCGCCGCGCGCUCCCUGCCCACGCCAAGAUCUCCGACGAAGCCAAGGAGGCGAUCCAGGAAUGCGUGUCGGAGUUCAUCAGCUUCGACACCGGCGAGGCCAACGAACGGUGCCGCAUGCAGCGCCGCAAGACCGUCAACGCCGAAGACAUCGUGUGGGCCCUAAACCGCCUCGGCUUCGACGACUACGUCGUGCCCCUCAGCGUCUUCCUGGAGCGCAUGCGCGACCCCGAGGCGGGGACAGGUGGUGCCGCUGCAGGCUACAGCCGCGCCGUGAUGAGUGCGCCUCCCCGUGCGGCCUCGCCUGUGAUCCACGCCGUGCCGCUGCAGGCUCAGCGCCCGAUGUACGCGACCCCAGCUCCGGUGCAGGUGUUCGGCGGAGAGCGUGUCAUGGGCCAGCAAUACUACGGGUACGGGUACGGGGAAGGAGCGUACGGCGCAGGUAGCAGCAACGGAGGAGCCGGCAUUGGCGACGAGGAGAGCUCGUCCAAUGGCGUGCCCGCGCCGGGGGAGGGCAAGGGGGAGCCAGAGCCAGAGCCAACAGCAGAAGAAUCACAGGACAAGCCCGUCCAAUCUGGCUAG